AAUAACUUCAUGAUUGGAAUUAAAAGGACAGGAAGAGAAAUAUUCUUCUUCGUGGCAUUCUUUCUCUGAACAGUCAAUAAGCCAUUUGUAAAUCUUCCAUUCUCAUCAAUAACAAGUAUGGGACUUGGCAACUGCGAAGUUGCAGUAGCUCUUCUUCUGUUUCUAUCAUGUUCCUCUUCAGUUUAUGGUGAUGCAGGAGAUACCAUAACUACUUCUCAACCCAUCAAAGAUCCAGAAGCUAUAGUGUCUGCCGGCAACAAGUUCAAACUGGGAUUUUUCAGCCCAGUUAAUUCAACAUAUCGAUAUGUCGGAAUAUGGUAUAGUAAUAUAUCAGUAGCAACUCCAGUACUAUGGGUGGCCAACAGAAACAACCCAAUCAACGAUUCUUCUGGGAUGAUGACAAUAUCUGAAGAUGGAAAUCUUGUGGUUUUGAAUGGUCAGGGAGAGGUUCUGUGGUCAUCAAAUGUUUCAAUUGGGUUCAAUCAGUCAACUGCACAGCUUACUGAUGAUGGAAACCUUGUCUUGAAAGCUGGACCGAAUGGAAACCUUGUAUGGCAAAGUUUCCAGCAGCCUACGGAUACUUACUUAAUAAAGAUGAGACUUAGUGCUAACGCAAGAACAGGGAAGAAGACACUGCUAAUGUCAUGGAGAAGCUCAUCUGAUCCUUCAGUUGGAAACUUCUCUGCUGGUAUCAAUCCAUUAGGAAUUCCUGAGUUCUUCAUGUGGUACAAUGGUCAUCCAUUUUGGCGUAGUGGUCCAUGGUGUGGUCAGACUUUUAUUGGAAUACCAGGAAUGUAUACUUCUGUGUAUCUAAGGGGAUUUACUCUACAAGAUGAAGGAGAUGGCACUUUCACUCUGAGUUCAAUUCAAGACCCAGCUUACCGUUUAACACAUGUUUUGACUUCGCAUGGAAAAUUUACAGAACAAUACUGGGAUUAUGGGAAGCAAGGUUGGGAGAAUAACUUGGAAGUUCCAUCAACUGAGUGUGAUAUUUAUGGCAAGUGCGGGCCAUUUGGAAGCUGCGAUGCACAGAAUUCACCUAUCUGCAGAUGUUUAAAAGGGUUUGUUCCAGAAAAUCAAGAUGAAUGGAAUAAAGGAAUUUGGACUAGCGGAUGUGUUAGGAUGACAUCGUUGCAGUGUGAUAGAAUACAGAAUGGUAGUGAAGUGGGAAAAGAAGAUGGGUUUAUGAAGCUAGAGAUGAGGAAGGUGCCAACCUUUGCCGAGUACUGGUCAAAUGCGUCCUCGUCCGGACAACAAUGCGAGGAUGAGUGCUUGAGGAAUUGUUCCUGUGUCGCUUAUUCAUAUUAUAAUGGUUUUGGUUGUAUGGCUUGGACAGGAAACUUGAUUGAUAUACAAAAGUUCUCUGAAGGAGGAACAGAUCUCAACAUUCGCCUGGCGUAUACAGAACUUGGAGAUACCAUAACUACUUCUCAACCCAUCAAAGAUCCGGAAGCUAUAGAGUCUGCCGGAAAAAUGUUUCAACUGGGAUUUUUCAGCCCAGUUAAUUCAAGAUAUCGAUAUGUCGGAAUAUGGUAUAGUAAUAUAUCAGCAUCAACUCCAGUACUAUGGGUGGCCAACAGAAACAACCCAAUCAACGAUUCUUCUGGGAUGAUGACAAUAUCUGAAGAUGGAAAUCUUGUGGUUUUGAAUGGUCAGGGAGAGGUUCUGUGGUCAUCAAAUGUUUCAAUUGGGUUCAAUCUGUCAACUGCACAGCUUACUGAUGAUGGAAACCUUGUCUUGAAAGCUGGACCGAAUGGAAACCCUGUAUGGCAAAGUUUCCAGCAGCCUACGGAUACUUACUUACCAAAGAUGAGACUUAGUGCUAACGCAAGAACUGGGAACAAGACACUGCUAAUGUCAUGGAGAAGCUCAUCUGAUCCUUCUGUUGGAAACUUCUCUGCUGGUGUCAAUCCAUUAGGAAUUCCUGAGUUCUUCAUCUGGUACAAUGGUCAUCCAUUUUGGCGUAGUGGUCCAUGGGGUGGCCAGAACUUUACUGGAAAACCAGGAAUGUCUACUUCUGUGUAUCUAAGUGGAUUUACUCCACAAGAUGAAGGAGAUGGCACUUUCACUCUGAGUUCAAUUCAAGACCCAGCUUUCCGAUUAACGUAUGUUUUGACUUCUCAUGGAAAACUUACAGAACAAUACUGGGAUUAUGGGAAGGGAGGUUGGGAGUAUGACUGGGAAGUUCCAUCAACUGAGUGUGAUAUUUAUGGCAAGUGCGGGCCAUUUGGAAGCUGCGAUGCACAGAAUUCACCUAUCUGCACAUGUUUAAAAGGGUUUGUUGCAAAACAUCAAGAUGAAUGGAACAAAGGAAUUUGGACUAGCGGUUGUGUUAGGAUGACAUCGUUGCAGUGUGAUAGAAUAAAGAAUGGUAGUGAAGUGGGUAAAGAAGAUGGAUUUAUGAAGCUAGAGAUGAUGAAGGUGCCAACCUUUGCCGAGUACUGGUCAUAUCCGUCCUCCGAACAAGAAUGCAAAGAUGAGUGCUUGAGGAAUUGUUCCUGUGUCGGUUAUUCAUAUUAUAAUGGUUUUGGCUGCAUGGCAUGGACAGGAAACUUGAUUGAUAUACAAAAGUUCUCUGAAGGAGGGACAGAUCUCAACAUUCGCCUGGCGUAUACAGAACUUGUUGCAGAUAACAAGAGAAACAUGAAAGUAAUCAUCAGUAUGUCAGUGAUUGUAGGAGCCAUUGCCAUGUUCAUCUGUGUGUUUUUUUCUUGGAAAUGGAUGGCUACACAUAGAGAAAGGAAGUUGACAAGUGAGGAGACCUUAUCGUUCAAAACGAGAGAAGCACAAGAAACAGUUUUUGAUGGAAACUUGCCCGAAAACGUCAGGGAAGUUAAACUGGAACCACUCUUCAAAUUACAAAUUCUUGAAACUGCUACAAACAACUUUGACAUAUCGAAGAAGCUUGGGCAGGGCGGCUUUGGUGCAGUAUACAGGGGAAAAUUACCAGAUGGGCAGGAAAUAGCUGUCAAAAGACUUUCUAAAACAUCUGGUCAAGGGCGCGAAGAGUUUAUGAAUGAAGUUGCGGUGAUUUCUAAACUCCAACAUAGGAAUCUUGUGAGACUUCUUGGUUGCUGUGUUGAAGGAGAAGAGAUGAUGUUGGUUUAUGAGUACAUGCCGAAUAAAAGCUUGGAUGCAUUUCUCUUUGAUUCACUCAGGAAAGGACAACUAGAUUGGAAAAGACGCUUCCACAUUAUUAAUGGAAUUUGUCGAGGUCUUCUUUACCUUCACAGAGAUUCUAGACUAAGAAUUAUUCAUAGAGAUCUGAAGCCAAGUAACAUCUUAUUGGACCACGAGCUGAAUCCAAAAAUUUCAGACUUUGGAAUAGCCAGGAUUUCUGGCGGUAAUGAAGUCAAUACUACCAGGGUUGUUGGAACAUUUGGCUUUAUGUCCCCUGAAUAUUUAAUGGAAGGAAGAUUUUCAGAGAAAUCAGAUGUGUUCAGCUUUGGAGUGGUGUUGCUGGAGAUCGUGAGCGGAAGAAGGAACGCUCAUUUUUAUAGCAAUGAGAAUGCUUUGAGUCUUAUAGGAUUUGCUUGGAAACUGUGGAAUGAAGGUGACAUUGCAGCUUUGGUCGAUCCUGCAAUAUCAGAUCCAUGUUUUCAGGUGGAGAUAUUCCGAUGCAUACAUAUUGGUCUGUUGUGUGUGCAAGAAUUGGCAAAAGAUAGACCGGCCGUGUCAACUAUCAUUUCCAUGCUAAAUAGUGAAAUUGUGGAUCUUCCUACUCCAAAGAAACCAGCAUUUGUUGAAAGGCAGAGUUCCUUGGAUACAGAGUCCAUUACUCAGAGCCAUAAGAUAAAUUCCAUUAACAAUGUGACGAUUUCUGAUCUUAAAGGCCGAUAGAUUUCAGAACAUGUUUACUUUUCUGUUUGAUCAUUGUGAAAUGUCAUAUAACAUUACAUUGGUUGGAAUGACAUGAUAAUAUUGGCAUCAGAAAGUUAGUUUUGUGGUAUUUGUAUUCUACUUCCAUAUUGAACAAAAUAAGAAAACUCAGAAUUUUGACAAAA